AUGAGCUCGCCCUUCUACAAGUACCCCAUCAGCAACAUGCGGAUGUGGGUCAACCGCUUCCGCGAGAGGAACUCCACGCCGGUGGUGGCCAUGACCGGGCUUCUGGCGGCCGGCGGCGUGUACUUCAUCCUGCGCAAGCUCUUCACCGGUCCGCAGGUGACUCCGCCCCCGAGGCAGAUCCACCAGCGCCGCACGGUCAUGGAGCAGAUCCCGCCGGAGGCCCUGUCCGAGUCCUCGACGAUCAUGCCGCCGGCGGGCGAGCGGUUUAAUGCGCCGGUCAAGAUGUGA